AUGGAGAAUACGCAAGAGCAGCAGAACAGGAAGCCGGCUGCUGGGGCUAGCGAAGCCAAGGGGAAGAUAGAGGAAGGGUUGCCAAUGAAGGACAGUCCGUACCUGCAGUACGAUGACUUGGAGGAUUACAAGCGUCAGGCCUAUGGAACGGAAGGCCAUCUCCAGGUGGAGCCCGGCCGAGGCGCCGGGUCCACCGAGGGCCCCACUGUUUCUGGCGCCAAUGUCUCCUCUCAGGGUGAUAUCUCCGCCACCGAAGCUAUUAACCGCCAAGGAGUUCCUUAA